UCCACCGCCUCCCUUUAUAAACUUACGUUUCUUCAGACAACAGUUUUCCCUCUUUCUUCCUCUGGUUUUUUCUUUCUCUCGUUCGUUCGCCUCUUAAACGGUGAAAAGAGAGAAGAUUCAAAGCGUUAGAUCAGGUCGUGUUAUCUAUCUAUUCAUCAAGAUGCAGUCAACCAGCGGUACUGAUCUGAACCCGAAACAAGAACAACAACAAGAACAGCAGCAGCAGCAGCCGCAACAACAACGGUCGCAGUGGCCGGCGGGCCAGUGGAUGGGAGCCAUGCAAUACCCGACGGCGGCUGCGAUGGUAAUGAUGCAGCAGCAGAUGAUGAUGUACCCUCACCAUUACAUGGCUUACAACAAUCCUCAUUUUCAGUACCAACAAUAUCAGCAGCAGCAGCAGCAGCAAGAUAAGCGCUCAUACCAUCAGCAAAGCUACUCGCAGAAGCAGCAACAACAAGGGUCUAAUUCGGGUGAGGUUAAAACGAUCUGGGUCGGUGACCUUGCUCAUUGGAUGGACGAGACUUAUCUUCAUGGUUGCUUUUCUCAAACCGGAGAGGUUUCUUCUGUCAAGAUUAUACGCAAUAAGCAAACUGGUCAGUCUGAAGGAUAUGGAUUCGUGGAAUUUCACUCACGAGCAGCGGCAGAAAAGGUCUUGCAAAGCUAUAAUGGCUCUUUAAUGCCAAAUACAGAGCAGCCUUUUCGUCUCAAUUGGGCUUCAUUCAGUGUGAACGAAAGGCGACCUGAAAUGGGUUCUGACCUAUCGAUUUUUGUAGGGGAUUUGGCUGCAGAUGUAACUGAUACCAUAUUGCAUGAAACCUUUUCUAGUAGAUUUCAAUCUGUCAAAGUAGCAAAAGUUGUUAUUGAUUCAAAUACAGGUCGUUCAAAAGGUUACGGUUUUGUUAGGUUCAGUGAUGAAAAUGAAAGAUCAAGGGCUAUGACUGAAAUGAAUGGUGAAUAUUGCUUAAGUAGACCUAUGAGAAUCGGUGUUGCUACUCCCAAGAAAGCAUCUGGAUAUCAGCAACAGUAUUCUUCACAAGCGGUUGUUUUGUCUGGUGGACAUGCAUUAAAUGGUGCUGUAGCAAAAGGUUCUCAAUACGACGAUGAUUCAAAUAAUGCUACCAUAUUCGUUGGAGGACUUGACUCCGAUGUUACUGAUAAUGAUCUGAAACAACCUUUUUCACAUUUUGGUGAGAUCAUCUCUGUCAAAAUACCACCCGGAAAAGGAUGUGGGUUUGUGCAAUUUGUGAACAGGAAGAACGCCGAGGAAGCAAUCCAGAGUUUGAAUGGGACAACCAUAGGCAAGCAGACUGUCCGUCUUUCUUGGGGUCGCAAUGUCGGAAACAGACAGUGGAGAGGCGAUUCUGGUAACCAGUGGAAUGGAGGAUAUUACCAAGGGCAAGGGUAUGGCGGUUAUGGUUACGGAUAUGCUAUGUUGUCAAAUCAGGAUCCGAGCACAUAUGCCACGGCUGCUAUCCCCGGUGCAUCUUGAUGGAGGCGUAACAGAUGGAUCAAAGCAUGUAUGACGAUUAGCACCAGUGGCUAUGUAGUAUGAACUUUCAGGUGAAGUUUUUUAAGUUUAUUUUUUUUGUAGGAUGGGGUUUUGCUUGCUGCUUUAGCUGGAUCUUCAGCUUGAGGAAUUUUGUUACUGGUUUGUUUUAGAACUGUAUUAAUUUGUCAUUUAAAACUUCAAAUUGUGUUUUGAGUG